AUGGAGACUGAACAACAGGAAGAGACCUUUACCAACACAGAGACAAAUGGUAAAUUUGGCAAACGUCCUGCAGAAGAUAUGGAAGAAGAACAGGCCUUCAAAAGAUCUCGGAAUACAGAUGAGAUGGUUGAAUUGCGCAUCUUGCUUCAAAGCAAAAAUGCUGGAGCAGUGAUUGGAAAAGGUGGCAAAAAUAUUAAGGCACUUCGUACAGAUUACAAUGCAAGUGUUUCAGUCCCAGACAGCAGUGGCCCCGAGCGUAUCUUGAGUAUAAGUGCAGAUACAGAGACAAUUGGAGAAAUCUUGAAGAAGAUUAUCCCUACUUUAGAAGAGUAUCAGCACUACAAAGGUAACGACUUUGACUGUGAAUUAAGACUUCUAAUUCACCAAAGUCUAGCAGGAGGAAUUAUUGGUGUUAAGGGUGCUAAAAUCAAAGAACUCAGAGAGAACACUCAAACCACCAUUAAGCUCUUUCAAGAAUGUUGUCCUCAUUCCACUGAUAGAGUGGUGCUUAUUGGUGGAAAACCUGAUAGAGUUGUGGAGUGUAUCAAGAUUAUCUUGGAUCUUAUCUCUGAGUCUCCAAUUAAAGGACGGGCCCAGCCUUACGAUCCAAAUUUCUAUGAUGAAACUUAUGACUAUGGUGGCUUUACAAUGAUGUUUGAUGAUAGAAGGGGACGUCCAGUAGGCUUUCCAAUGCGUGGAAGAGGAGGCUUUGAUCGAAUGCCUCCUGGUCGUGGCGGACGACCUAUGCCUCCAUCAAGAAGAGAUUAUGAUGAUAUGAGCCCUCGCAGAGGACCUCCACCACCUCCGCCAGGUCGUGGUGGCAGAGGUGGCAGCAGAGCUCGUAAUCUUCCUCUUCCUCCUCCACCACCUCCUCGUGGCGGGGAUCUUAUGUCUUAUGAUCGAAGAGGUAGACCUGGAGACCGUUAUGAUGGAAUGAUGAUGCAGUGUCAUGUGGAUGCCUGUGAUGACAUGCAGCCACCAGAGUUGUUUGAGGGUGGCUCUGGAUAUGAUUAUUCUUACACAGGGGGCCGUGGUUCAUAUGGAGAUCUUGGUGGACCCAUCAUCACAACACAAGUAACGAUUCCCAAAGAUUUGGCAGGUUCUAUUAUUGGAAAGGGAGGCCAGAGAAUCAAACAAAUACGUCAUGAGUCAGGAGCUUCAAUCAAAAUUGAUGAACCACUAGAAGGCUCAGAAGAUCGAAUAAUAACUAUUACAGGAACACAGGACCAGAUACAAAAUGCUCAGUAUUUACUGCAGAACAGUGUGAAGCAGUAUGCAGAUGUUGAAGGAUUCUAAUGCAAGAUUAUUUUUUCUUUUUUAUAGUGUGAAGCAGUAUUCUGGAAAGUUUUUCUAAGACUAGUGAAGAACUGAAGGAGUCCUGCACCUUUUUUUUUUUUUUUUUUUUAAUAUCUGCUUCU